UCGAUCGUACCGCGAUCGCAUUUAUUUCACACGAAAUUCAGUUUGGACAAGUAACAAUGGCAAACAUUUGGAUUAAUAUCGUAAUUCUCAGCUUAUUCUGUGCUAUCGCUGAUGUGACUUGUACGUCGGAAACAUUUGGUGAAACCACACCAAAUCUUGCGCUCAAAGAAAAUAUCAUCGUCAAAGGUGAAAUGUUAUCGGUGAAAACCGUUGUCAUCGAUUGGCCAUCAAAAGAUAAUUUCUCAAAUACAACAUCCGAGAUUCGUGGAAUUGUUCAUAUUAAUGAUAAGCAAUCUGGUCAUGGACCUAUACUACGUUUUAUUAAGGGUGGUGUUCGUCAUACAUUCGUUAGCAUGGAGCUAGUAUCGAAACGUGGCCAUGGAAUUCAUUCAACCAUUUUAAUUUACGUCUAAAAAUGAAGAACGUGUGCAGUUUACUUCUCUCUCUUUCUUCCUCGUUUGAUUUUUUUGGUUUUGUUUGUUUUUAAUGCAAUAAUGAAAUCACACGAUGGCUCACGAUAUAUAUUAAAUUCAUUUAAGCAUGAGUCAUUCAAGUA